AUGUCCAAAAGAAUUAUACAAGCACCGAUGAUGUGUAGCAAAGCUGCUGCAACCGAGAUGAAAAUCAGGACAGCACGCAAGAGCUACGACAAGGGUACGGCGGCUGGACACCUGGUCCGUGGUUUGAGCGCCGACAUUGGCGAGGGAGCCCAAAGCUCAGAUUACCAGUCCAAUCUGAUAUGCACUGUUCUGCUCUGGGCAAUGGAUGCUACAGCAGCUAAUGAAAGCCCCGAUGAUGAGCUGUGGGACCUUCUUACUUGCCACCGUGACGAUGCCAUCCCUGAAUCCGUUGCUCCAUAUCCCUGGGCCAAAUCCUUCGACAAGACUGGCAGAGAAGGUUGUCGAAACAUCAAAUCUGGUGGGGACACGGUGGAAGCUUCCGCCGAAGAUGACGACUCCCGGUACAUGACCUACAUAGUGUACAGAAAACGAUUUGCUCUGCUCUGGGGGAUGAGUGCAAAAAUCGUGUUCGAUGUGCGAUCUGAUGGAUUCGGACAUGUGCUAAUCUUGGUUGUGGUCUUUGAAAAACGUUCCUUCAUAUCUGCCGAGGCCUCAUGCCGAUCUGCCAUCCGCACUGCCCGCAACGUGGUCAAAGACAUCGGUGUGACGAAGGCUCGUGGAAUAGGCGGGUUGCUACCGCUAGCAGGGCUUUCGCAAAACCACAGUGAAAGAGAUUCUCAUUCAUUGCUUGCGAAGAAGCUGUUGCUGUCAUUGCCGAUUCCGAUUACUGAGACUUCCAGUGAUUGCACAUCUGGUGCAACGGACACGAAGCGAAAGGGCCUUUCAAGGCUUAGUCUCCGGGAUUGGGCUCGGUAUUUGCUGCAAACAAACAGCUGGCACGUAUUGACCGGAUUACGCAAUCCGGAUCGAAAGCGGGAGCAGAGUAUUUGGCGGGCUUUCUGGGAAAGGUACAGGUUUCACGAUCCCCAACAUUGGAUAUUUCAAGCUGCAGCAGAGAAGAAAUUAGAAUUGGAAAACACAGCCGCAAUCCUGCUCCAUGGCGAUGAAGGGCGGGGUCGCAGACGCAAUCCGUUUUUCGUGCUUAGCUGGCAUUCUUGUUUGGGACGAGGCACAAACCCUGCUUUGGCUUCGAGAAGAACAUCCCUGAAGAAGGUUCGCAAACCGUACCUGAAGAUGGAGUUGAACAUGAAGGGCCACUCCUACACAACCCGAUUCGUGACGGGCGUAUUGCCAAAACAUCUUUAUAGCGAGAGUGACCAAUCCUUUUUCGACCUUUUGGCUGCUGCCUAUGAUGAUGCAAAGCUAUUGAGCACUGAAGGUGUGCAACACAGCAGUGGAGAAAGACACUGGAUGGUGAUGCUGCGAACAACUGGUGAUUGGCCAUUUUUGGCCAAGGCUGGGUGCUUGCAAAGGACCUUCGCCAAUGCUGUGAAAGCUGUUAACCAGGCAUCGACUGGUGUAUGUCAUUUAUGCGAAGCGGGGUUCCCGCACGCCCCACUUGAGGAAAUCGGGACAAGGCAUCCUUCAUGGAUGCACACAGUGUCUGCUUCCUCGCCAUUCGGGUCUUGGCCUGAAGCUGGUCGCAUUCUUGACACCCAUGAGCAGCUAGCUGAGCACUUCGCGUACGACAUGUUUCACACAUUCCAUCUUGGUGUUGGUCGUACAUUCCUGGGGAGUGUGAUUGCGCUUCUUUCUGAUUUAGAAGUUGCUGGGAACAUAGAGCAACGCUUUAUGUCUCUAAGCGAGAAGUACCGCACCUGGUGUACAAACAACCACCGUUCCCCGAUCGUUACGAAACUUACCAAAGAGCUUAUCACUUGGGAUGCCACAACGGACUACCCCAAAGGUGGAUGGUACAAAGGGGCGUUAACCACCACUCUUAUGGAAUGGGUGGAAUCGUUAGAUGGCACCACCACAGAUCCUUUGUUGGUUUCUGCUUUUGAGGCGACGAAGAGCAUCAACCGCUGUUUCCGCAUCCUUUAUGCCGAAGGUGCAUUUGUAUCAGCCGACACGGCGAAGCUUACUGGAGAGCUAAUCAGCCGUUUUUUGCGCCGGUACGAGCAUUUGGUCCGAGAGACGUAUCAGACGGAGCGCACAUUAUUUUCGAUACCGCCCAAAAUACACCCCUUGCACCACUUCGCUGUCGAUCUACUCAAAGCUGGACGUGCUGGACACCCAGGAAUCAACCCACUUCUAUGGUCGACACAAAUGAGCGAGGAUCUUGUCGGGCGGCCGUCACGCCUUUCAAGGCGUGUCGGUACCCGAUGUGUGGUGCAGAGAACACUCCAGCGCUACUUGCAAGCCGCAUAUCGGGAAUGGGUGAAAGCGGGAUUGCUCAUAGAGUCGACGCGUCCGUGA